UCGCCUGCGGGGCUGGCAGUCGGCGCGGGCGCCUCCUCCUCUUCCUCCUCCUCCUCUCCGCGGGCUCCUGCAGGCGCGCCCCGGUGUUGGGGAGCGCGCGCGGGUGCGCACCCCGCCAGCUCCCCCCGCCGAGCGCGCCCCCGCGCGCCCCCCCCCUCCCUGCUGAGCCACCCAGCAGCUCCGGGAGAGGAAAGGGCGCCCGAUCCGGAGCUCCCCCCUCGCCUGGCGCUCCGAUCCCAGGCAAGGCACAACUGGGGGGGGGGGGGAGAGAGAGUGGGGCGGACGGGAGACGGGGGCUGCCUCCUCUCGCCCUCUCCGGCUGCCCUGGACGGGGGGGCGGGCGCCAAGAUGUGAGCCCACCCCCACCCACCCCCAUGGGUCCCGUGGCGCGUCCUUGCGCCCGGCUCCAGCGUCGACUUGGGCAGCAGCUGACCCGGAGGAGAGAGGGUCGGGGGGGAUAGGACCCUGGCCGUGUCCUCCUCCACCCCUGGCGGCACCAGCCAUGGCACCUGUGGACCAGCGCCGGGGGUGCAGCCUCAUCUUGCUCUGCAGAGGGAAGACGAGUGGGGAGUGCUGAACUGAGCCGUCUCCCCCCCACUGGCGGCUGAAGGAGGCAGGGGGGGCUCUCCGCUGGCGCCCGCUCCCCUCCUUGCGCGCCCCCACCCUUCCAAGGAACCCAGAAGGACGAGCCUCCCAGAUGCCGCCUGCGACGACUUAGGGGGCAGUGCCCGCGGUUCGACUUGGCGCUGAAUUGCCCCCAUGGCUGGCCACCCACGUCUGGACUCACCCAGCCCCAGAGAUGAGUGGGGGGAGAGGAGCCGAGGAUCUGCCGGCGGUGCCCUGAGGCGCAGGAGGACGGGCACCCAAGUCUCCGGGUCGGAGCACCCUGUGGGCAGAAGGGGGACCCGAGGCGCUCCUCUGCGAGAGACGGUGUGGAUUUCUUAAGCGCUUCCAGCAUCUUGUCGGAUGCCCCCUCCCCUUUCCCCAGUUUGUGCUUCGAGCCACAGCGGCGGUGGCCGGAAGGCUGUUUCUCCCCCGGCAACACACCUCCCAGCUUGGACCGGUCCAGCCGCCUUGCAUAACCAGAUGGUCAAAUUGGUGCUGGAGCCGUCCGGUCCCAGGGGGCAUUCCUAUGCGGAAGAAGUGUGGGGAAGGCAGUGAAGAGGCAACACCCCCCCCCCCCCCCCGGCCCCCAACCCAAGACACACAGAUCCAGGAUCUGCAGGAAUUUCUUUUCUUCGGAGGGACGUUGACGAUGGUGGCAGAGAACCCGCGGCGAUGCCCUCUGUGUUGGAAUAGCUAACGUGGCGUGGACUGGUUUCCCCCUGCACUUUACCUAGAUGCCUGGGCAUUUCAGAGCAGGCCUUGCGGAAUGCAGAUCACCCUUAAACCCUGUCGACUGGCGGAACGCAAAUCACCCUUAAACCCUGUCGGCUGGUGGAACGCAAAUCACCCUUAAACCCUGUGGGCUGGUCGGUUGUGGCCGUCAUUCGUUACCAGCCUUGCUGUGAGAUGGUGGUCUGUGUGCUCUGAACCCCCCCCCCCCGUAAGAGUUUGUGCUGCUUUGCAAAAGACGUGGGUCUUUUGACCGAAUUGGUUCUGGAUUCGAAUCCCUCGCCGAUUGCUCCUGCUUUCUGUGCCCGAUCCGGCUAGGGCAGAGGUGCGGGGCGGGCAAAGAGAUCAAAAGCUGGCAAGUGGGUGUGCGGCUCAGGUUUUCUGGAGCAGGGGGGGCGUUAAGAUGUGGAGAUCUCCCCAGCUGAGAGGGGUUCCGUGGAGGCAAAGCCAGGCUGGGCGAAAGCAGAAUGCUCCCUGCCACUCAGCCCCACUGCCCUGGCAUCCUGUGAAGGAUGAACUCCCGGAGCUUGCAGGAUAGGCAGCCCACUGACAACGCUACUAAGGGCAACAUCAGCGAGAGGGAGCGCAUCAGGGGGCGCAUGAAAAUGGUGAUCGGGCAGCUGGAAGGAAUCCUGCAGGAACUUAAGGACGUGGCCAAGGAGCUGCGGGAUGUGGUGAGCCAGAUAGACAAGCUGACUUCGGACUUUGAGUUCGAGCUGGAACCGGACGACUGGACGACCGCGACUGUGAGCAGCACGUCCAGCAGCGAGAAAGGAGGGGGCCUGUUUGACCUCGGUCACCUGGAUUUCAUGACCUCGGACAUCCUCUCCGACAGCUGGGAGUUCUGCUCUUUCCUAGAAGCCUCCACCCCAUCAGAUUCCGGGGAUGGGUCCGAGCAUCAGCAACAGCAGGGCCGUCAGCCUGACUACAGGUUGAUGAACGGCGGGGUGCUGACCCCCAAUGGACCCCGGGUGGAAACGCCAGACUCUUCCAGCGAGGAGGCCUUCAGCUCUGCACAAAGCCACAAACCCCAGAACCAGAGGACCCCAGGCACCAGGGAGCGGGUGCGGUUUAGCGACAAAGUCCUCUAUCACGCGUUGUGCUGUGACGACGAUGACGAAGACGCGGACAAUGGACCCCCUCCCGAGGACCCCCCGGAGGAUCCCAGGGAGCUCGCUCAUAAAACAGUGCCUGUCGCCAAGGCGACGCCGUGGCGGUCGCCUCACCUCAGUAGCGCUCAGCAACGGAAGCUGACGCGAAACAGCAGUACCCAAACAGUGUCGGACAAAAGCACACAGACGGUGUUGCCCUACAUUUCAGCCAAGCAGAAAAUCAAAGGCAAAAACUGAGGGGGGGGAGGGGGGGAGAAGCUGCAGAAUAUAUAUAUAAAUAUAUAUAUAAAUAUAUAUAUUUAAGUCAAUAAAUUAUUAUAAUGAUGAUUAAAAAAAAUGGCGGCCGGAUUAUCAUCAUGAACUACCUAACCGCAAUUUUAAGACUCAGGGAAUUUAAACUGUUUUAUUAUAUUUCUUCUCUCCCCCCCCCCCCCAG